UUAUUUGGCCCAAAGUGUUUGAUUCUGUCCAAUUCACCCCAUCUCCCUUCUCCCGACUCCCAUCUCCCAUCUACCAGCGACACGGUCGUACGCUAUACUGCUCUCUCCCUUUCCGUCUCUUCCCUUAGGUCGGAGGCAGUCUACACCACGCCGUUGUCUAAUAUCCUGAGCAGUGAAUAGAUCAAGCUUAGAGAGUUAGAGGGUGUUGUUGAGCAUUGGUGUGAUUAAAGAUGGCUAUGCGGCUUUGGGCAUCGACUGCUGCCACUUACCUCAGGAUCUCAGCUUUCCCCAGAGGAUUUGCUACCGUGGUCAAGGGUUUGGAGUAUGCAGAAAGUCAUGAAUGGGUUAAAGUUAAUGGAAGUUCUGCCACUAUAGGCAUUACUGAUCAUGCUCAGGAGCAUCUGGGUGAUGUUGUGUACGUUGAGUUACCUGAAGUUGGUAGUGAUGUGAAACAGGGAGAGAGUUUUGGUGCAGUUGAGAGUGUUAAGGCCACCAGUGAUAUCUAUUCUCCCGUUUCUGGCAAAGUGGUUGAAGUUAAUGAGAAACUAACUGAAUCGCCUGGUCUGGUUAAUGGGAGCCCAUAUGAAGAUGGGUGGAUCAUUAAAGUGGAGAUAGACGGCCCCAGUAAACCAGGAUACUUGAUGGAUCCAGACCAGUAUUCUAAGAUCUGUGAAGAAGAUGGAGAUCAUUGAUGAUGAUGACCAAAGCUUUCUUGAAGCCUUCCAAUGCCCGGAUUCUCAUCUCAUGCUUACAAUAUGGCGCAAUUGAAGCUUUGUUACCAAAUCUAUAGUUAUUUUUUGGCUGAUUAUUAGUUUUGCUUUUGGAGUUGUUGUUUACCCUCAUCCACGACAAGUUGCAGAACGUGAACUACUUUGAUGUUUCAUUGAGUUGUGGUUGCUAAUAAUCUUUCUAUAAGAGUAUGAUGCUGGUUUUCUGUGCAUGAAUUUUAGCAGUUCUGGGUAUGACUCAUAGGGUUUCAAGAAUAUUUUGAAAACCACAAUAGAAUGAGUAUGCUGUAGCAUAUAUUGGGGUUUAUGAGUGUUAGAACACAUUGGUGACUGGCCUAUGGCCACCAUAGACUAAGAGGCCGUUUGGGAACACUGUUUUUCGGCUUAUCAGACUUAUCAGCCAACUUUUUCACCAAACAGUUAACUUUUGCUUUCGCGCCCUGAAUUGCGUAAUAAGCCGAAGAAGUAAGGUUAUAGUUACUUUUCUGGCUGUAUUGGUUGAAGUUAU